AUGAAUCUUACUUGCCUCCGCAAACACAAUCCCAAUGUUUUCCGCCAAUUAGAUCCUCACGUCGACCCAAUCUACCUUCAAGCACCACACCGACCCCAAACUGCGCUCGCACAUUCCCUGAUUAUCCCACGCACCCAUCCUUCCCACAAUUCUACUCAUAUCUAUAACGACUGCCAGUCCUGUGAAGACGACCCACGAACUGGUGCUCAUUACUGCCGUACUUGUAUCGAAGCUCAAUAUUAUUCACUUCAAUCUCAAUCUUAUUCACAAUCUCAGAUCCAAGAUAUGUACUAUACCACGUGCGAAUGUCCGCAUUGCGACAGUGGUUUGAACUCCUAUACGAAUAGCGCGAGAGGGUACACGAGGGGUGAUGGAAGAUGUUCAAGUAUAAAUAUAGAGCCUGUUACCCAGCAAUUACAUAAUGCAGGAAUAUACGCCUAUCUGUCUCCCAGUAGACUCGGACGAAGUCCUUAUAGAGAUGUCGGAUUACUUGGUUCAGGUACAUGUUUAGGCGCGGCAGGUGGAUUGAGUGGCUUGGGAAAUGUAGGUAGUCUCGGAAGUCUGGGUGCUCUUAGUGGUUUUGGGGGAGUGAGAGAUAUGAGAGAUGCAAGGCAUCACGGCGGAAGAUGUGGGCUACAAAAUAAUCGGCUUGCAUAUCGGAUUUAG